GCCGGCCGGGAGGAGGGAGGCGGCGCGCACCGGCCGGGGAGAAGUUUGUUGGCCCGGAACCAAGCGCGCCACCGCGCAAGCCAGCUCCUUUGAAGCAGGCGGGCGAUGAAGCUUAACCUUACCCCAGCGAGGUCUUGGAGGGCUCUGGAGCCGGUCGAGUGGGUGCGCAGGUUACCCACAGGGACUCCAUUGCGUGGGAGGCAGGGGGGGUGAACGCAUGGUAGUGGGUCUCGGGGGACAGUGGACUCGGCAGUAGAAAGGAUCGGACCCAGCUGCUGAAAAUGUGUACUUUUAAUAGAACCAUCCAGGAACUGCGACAGUGGGUGAUGUGAGACCUAGCUCGAGGCUGGGAAAUGGAAGGGUAACAGAAAUAAAUUGUGCUGCCUCCUCCCACCCCAUCACCAAUUCAGAGACUACUUAACUUCCAACCUCUCCUUGGAGAUGAGGGCUGAGGAGUAAAAAGAUGUGAGGGUGGUAGAGGCGCUUUGGAGAAAUUUACAUCUGCCUGCUCCUCACCCCCAAGAAAGCAACACUCCCGCACAAGCCAAGGCCUAGGGUUUGUUCUCUGAGAGAAAGGAAAGAAGGCUGGCUGGAUAAGGGUGGCCUUCAGGUUCUCCCGAGAAGGCCAGCAAAGCUUCAGGGCCCUUUCUAAGUAGAGAGCUCUUCACCAGGCGCCUGCAAAGGAGCAGCUGGGACGUCUACGUGUUUUCAUGGCGCAAACUGUAAUUUCCCAGUCCUGAGACAAACGGACAGGAUUCGCCGAGAGGGAUAAUUGUUCAGGGCACAAAAGAGGAGGUAGCCACCGGGGUUAGAAAACUCAUUCUCCCUCCAGGAGAAAAUGUUGGAAGUGACUGCCAGGUGCUUUCAUGUGGUUUUGACCAGAAUGAUUUCUGCCCGUGUCCUGAAAAAAGAAAUUCGUGAUAAUAGAGCAGGGAGAACGGCUCCAUAUGGACAGAUCUGUGGUCCUUGGUUCCCAUGGUUUCAAGGCACAAUGAAGCACACUGGCUCUUGGAAACUGUGGACUUGGGUGGCAAUGGUCCUGCUUCCUGCUUCCACUUGUGUGACUGUCAGGGACAAGCCAGAAACAACUUGCCCUGUACUGAGAAUGGAGGGAUAUCAAGACAACAGAAACAAACUUGAAGUUUCCGGCUUUGAUCUAGGAGAAAGCUUUGCUCUGAGGCAUGCAUUUUGUGAAGGUGAUAAAACCUGUUUCAAAUUGGGAAGUGCACUUCUUCUCAGAGACACUAGCAAGGUAUUUCCCAAAGGUCUUCCUGAGGAGUACUCUGUAGUGGUCACGUUUCGGGUACGAAGAAGCACCAAGAAGGAACGGUGGUUUUUAUGGCAGAUUUUAAACCAGGAGCAUAUGCCACAGAUUUCUAUAGUGAUUGACGGCACAAAGAAGGUGGUAGAAUUUAUGUUCCGAGGUGCUGAGGGAGAUCUGUUGAACUAUGUUUUUAAGAAUCGAGAACUCCGUCCUCUCUUCGAUCGUCAGUGGCAUAAACUUGGCAUUGGUGUGGAAUCCCGAGUCCUUUCUCUCUACAUGGACUGUAAUUUAAUCGCAAGUCGGCACACAGAAGAAAAGGACUCUGUGGAUUUUCAUGGAAAGACCGUUAUUGCUGCGCGAGCUUCCGAUGGCAAACCCGUGGAUAUUGAACUUCACCAACUCAUAAUCUCGUGCAAUGCAAACUUCUUAGCUGAAGAAUCGUGUUGUGACGUAUCCGCUACUAAGUGUCCCGAGCAAGACAGCUUUGGAAGUACCACUUCAUCAUGGGUGACCAGUCACACUGGUAAAAUAUCUUCAUAUCUGCCAGGAAAGCAGGAACUUAAAGACCCAUGCCAGUGUGUUCCAAACAAGGUGGAAGCAGGAUCACCAGAAACUCUGGGUUCCAUUGGUCAUAAGGGGGACAAAGGAGAGCCGGGUGAAAAUGGCUUACAUGGUAUUCCAGGCUUACUUGGUCAAAAGGGAGAACAAGGACUUGAAGGCAUCAAAGGAGAAAUUGGUGAAAAGGGUUUGAAAGGUGACUUGGGUCCUCAAGGUCCACCUGGCCCAAAAGGAGAAAAGGGUGAUAUGGGACCUCCUGGGCCACCAGCCUCAACUGGCUCCAUAGGGAUACAAGGCCCCCAAGGUCCACCUGGAAAAGAAGGUCAGAGGGGAAGACGAGGGAAAACAGGACCCCCAGGAAACCCAGGACCUCCAGGACCACCAGGACCUCCUGGGUUACAAGGACUGCAACAGACUUUUGGUGGAUAUUUCAACAAGGGAACUGGUGAGCACGGAGCUGGUGGCCCUAAAGGAGAAAAGGGUGACUCUGGGCUGCCAGGAUUUCCAGGGUCUGUUGGCCCUAAAGGGCAAAAAGGAGAACCCGGGGAGCCUUUAACAAAAGGUGAAAAGGGAGAUAGGGGAGAACCCGGUCUAUUUGGACCACAAGGCAUAAAGGGGGAACCUGGAGAUGCUGGUCCCCCUGGUUUAACAGGAAGCCCAGGGCUCAAGGGUCAGCAAGGACCUGCAGGUUCCAUGGGGCCCAGAGGACCACCAGGAGAUGUCGGAUUGCCAGGAGAACAUGGUAUCCCAGGGAAACAAGGCAUUAAAGGAGAGAAGGGAGAUCCUGGUGGAAGGCUAGGCCCUCCUGGACUUCCAGGUCCAAAGGGUGAUGCUGGGCCUCCAGGGAAAAGCCUCCCAGGAAAACCAGGAUUAGACGGAAAUCCUGGAGCACCUGGUCCACGUGGACCAAAGGGUGAAAGAGGACUGCCAGGUAUCCACGGCUCCCCAGGGGACACAGGCCCACCCGGGAUAGGAAUCCCCGGCAGGACAGGCUCCCAAGGACCAGCAGGAGAGCCAGGUAUUCAGGGUCCUCGAGGUCUACCUGGAUUGCCAGGAACUCCGGGGACCCCAGGGAAUGACGGAUCUCCAGGGAGAGAUGGAAAACCAGGCCUCCCAGGCCCCCCAGGUGACCCGAUCGCACUUCCUCUCUUGGGAGACAUUGGCGCCUUGCUGAAGAACUUCUGUGGCAACUGUCAAGCCAAUGUCCCUGGUCUGAAAAGCAGCAAAGGGGAUGCAGGAGGCACCGGGGAACCUGGGAAAUACGACUCUUCUGUCUUCCAGGGCGAUGUAGGGCCACGGGGUCCUCCAGGAGUCCCAGGCAGAGAGGGACCAAAGGGAAGCAAAGGAGAGCGGGGAUACCCUGGAGUUCAUGGGGAGAAAGGCGAUGAGGGUCUUCAAGGAAUUCCUGGCCUCUCAGGAGCUCCUGGCCCAACUGGACCCCCUGGCUUAACAGGAAGAACUGGACACCCUGGUCCCACUGGAGCAAAAGGUGACAAGGGCAGCGAGGGACCCCCUGGGAAACCUGGACCUCCUGGACCCCCUGGUGUCCCAGUCAAUGAAGGAAAUGGCAUGGGCAGUUUAUAUAAAAUCCAGGGAGGAGUGAGUGUUCCCAGUUACCCAGGACCCCCGGGCCCCCCUGGCCCAAAAGGUGAUCCUGGCCCAGUGGGAGAGCCUGGUGCAAUGGGCUUGCCAGGACUGGAAGGAUUUCCUGGUGUAAAGGGAGAUCGAGGCCCAGCAGGUCCCCCAGGAACAGCCGGCAUGUCGGGGAAACCCGGUGCCCCAGGCCCUCCAGGAGUUCCAGGGGAGCCGGGUGAGAGAGGACCUGUUGGAGAUAGAGGUUUUCCUGGACCAGAGGGACCCUCGGGGAUGCCAGGCAUAAAUGGAAAAGAUGGAUUACCAGGUGCUCAGGGCAUCAUGGGUAAACCUGGAGACAGAGGCCCCAAAGGAGAACGCGGUGAUCAGGGGAUUCCAGGAGACAGAGGUCCACAAGGUGAACGUGGAAAACCAGGCCUUAUGGGCAUGAAGGGGGCUAUAGGUCCUGUGGGGCCACCAGGAAGCAAGGGCUCCGUAGGGUCACCAGGCCACCAAGGCCCUCCAGGCUCUCCAGGCAUGCCUGGCACUCCGGCGGAUGCUGUUUCAUUUGAAGAAAUAAAGAAGUACAUUAACCAAGAGGUCCUAAGGAUUUUUGAAGAGAGGAUGGCUGGGUUUCUAUCCCAGCUUAAGCUGCCAGCAGCAAUGUUGUCUGCUCAGGCUCAUGGGAGGCCUGGCCCACCAGGGAAGGACGGGUUACCCGGACCCCCAGGAGACCCAGGACCCCAAGGCUACCGAGGACAGAAGGGAGAAAGAGGUGAACCUGGAAUUGGGCUGCCAGGGAGUCCAGGUCUUCCUGGAUCUUCAGCAGUGGGUUUGCCAGGCUCACCUGGUGCCCCAGGGCCUCAAGGACCCCCAGGACCCAGUGGAAGAUGCAAUCCAGAAGAUUGCCUCCAUCCUAUGACCCCUGCCCAUCAGCAGGGGUAGAAAAUGAAAACUACAGAAGGAGGAAGACUUCAUUCCUGGUGAUAUUGCCAUGCCCUUAGAGCUCUCGAUAUGAGCUUCCCAACCACGUGCUCUCGAGGCUUAUGAUUUCUGGACUGCUUUCCUUUGCUGGGUUUUUUUUUUUUUUUAAUUCUGAUGUUGGGCAGACAUCCAAAGCCACCAUCUGAAUCCUAUUCUGACAGUAAUUGCAAACCAGUAUUUUCAGGUGUUUCCCAACUUCGUUCCGUAUGUUUUGCUUUACUGUGGCUCUGAGUUCUACUCAGUUUCAUGUGAAAAAGGCAAGCAAGCUUGUCACCGCUUCUUCAGAAGUCACAUGACAUGAUUUGGUACCCAGACGACAUACACUUUAUAAACUCAUCUGCAUGAUUAGACUUUGA